ACUUUUUUCACUACAAUUUUAAGUAACCCGUUCUUCUUCUUCUUCUUUAGUCUGCUGCUACUUUCUUAUUUCUCUGUCUAAUUUCGCAUUUUUUUUUAUUGAACGAAGAAAAAGUAGAGAGAACACAAUUCAAAGGUAGGAGGAGUAAUUGUUUGAAGAGGACACAAGACAAAACAAAGAAUUGGUAAACUCAGGGAAGCAGUUUUACGACGAGCACAUUGACUUGAGAUAAAGAAUUUAAAGGAUUUCCGGGUUCUGAUUUUCACUUUAGUUUUUCAUAUGAAUGGAGAGAAGUUGGAGAUUCAAUGGUUUUGGGUUACGAUUAGCUUUCUUUUUACUUCUUUUAUGCCUCUUCAAUCAGAAUUUUCAGCUUUGUCAUUCUCUCAAUGAUGAAGGAUUGGCACUGUUGAGAUUUAAAGAUGGAAUUGUUAGUGAUCCCUAUGGUGCUUUAUUGGAUUGGAGACAAAAUGAGGAUGAGGAGGAUCAAAACCCAUGUUCUUGGUUUGGUGUUGGAUGUUCUCAUCAUGGUAAAGUCGUGACUUUGAACUUAGGAGAUCUUUGUCUUGGAGGAACCCUUGCUCCAGAAGUUGGGAGCCUCAUUCACAUUAAAUCUAUUAUUUUGCGGAAUAACUCUUUUACGGGUACAAUCCCUGAAGAGAUCGAGGAACUGAAGGAGUUGGAGGUGUUAGACUUGGGAUACAAUAAUUUUGCAGGACCUGUUCCUUCUGACCUAGGAAGUAACCUUUCCUUGGCAACCCUUUUACUUGACCACAACAAAUUCCUAGGUAGCAUUUCCCCUUACCUCCGUGAGCUGUGUUUGGUUUCUGAACUGCAGCUGGGUAAGGAUCAGCUAUCUGAUGCUACCCAGAGUUCAUCAUGUAAUAGAGGACUUCAUUCAUGGCCAAAUGCGGAAGUUGGAUAUGCAUCUUCAAGAAGGCAGCUACAACAAAGGAUUCCGCGUGCUGCUCCCAGACAGACGCCACCUCUUCCUUCCAGAAGGUCUCCACCUUCUCCCAGGUUAACUACCAGACGUUCACCUUCAUUUUCACCUUUGCCUUCACCUUCCCCGUCACCAUCGCCAUCCCCAUCGCCGUCCCCAUCCCCGUCAACCUCACCUGCACCAACUCCAGACCCGAUCUCCCCUGCUCCAAAACAAAUUCCCGCUGUUAGUGAACCACCACCCUCCAAUCCCACCACAGUAUCUUCUCAGUCACCAGAGCCACCAAAGAAAAGUGGCUUGUCAGGAACUAAUAAAUGGAUAAUAUCUUUAGGUGUAGUAGCUGGUUUCCUUGUUAUCAUGUUCAUCGGUUUACUCAUAUUUCGAACUAAAAAGAUGGUCACGGUAAAACCUUGGGCCACAGGAUUAAGUGGGCCGCUGCGGAAAGCAUUCAUUACAGAUUAUCUAUUAUCAGGUGUACCAAAGCUCAAUAGAUCAGAGCUUGUAACUGCUUGUGAAGAUUUCAGUAAUGUCAUUGAGUCUUCAUCUGAUGGAAAAUUGUACAAGGGGACUCUUUCAAGUGGAGUUGAAAUUGCAGUGACAUCUACAACAGUUUUAUCUGCCAAGGAUUGGUCAAAUCAUUUAGAGGGGCACUUUAGGAAAAAGAUAGAUACAUUAUCAAAAGUUAACCACAAGAAUUAUGUGAACCUUGUUGGAUUCUGUGAGGAAGAGGAGCCUUUUACUAGAAUGAUGGUUUUUGAGUAUGCUCCAAAUGGAACACUUUUCGAGCAUCUGCACAUAAAAGAAGCAGAGCACUUGGAAUGGGGGGUUCGUUUAAGGAUAGCAAUGGGAGUGGCUUACUGUCUUGAACACAUGCAUCAACUGACUCCACCUGUAGUCCAUAAUCAUUUGAACUCGACUGCUAUUUAUCUGACGGAAGAUUAUGCAGCGAAGUUAUCAGAUUUUAGCUUCUGGAAUGGCGCCGCCAUGGCUAAGAUGGGAUCACGUAUUACGGAAGUCUCAGAUUCACCAUCAGAUCCAGAAAAUAAUAUUUACUGCUUUGGGGUAAUAUUACUAGAAAUGAUUACCGGUAGGCUCCCCUAUGCAGAUGAAAAUGAUGAUGAGCUUUUAGAUUGGGCUUCAGAUUAUCUAACAAGGAAGGAACCUGCUAGAUAUAUGGUGGACCCAAUCCUGGAAAAGUUUGAUGAGGAUGAACUCGAACGGCUAUGUGAGGUGAUUAGGGCAUGUUUAAAACCUGACCCAAUUCAGAGACCAACCAUAAGUGAGGUUGUAGGUCAAUUAAGAGGCAUUACGGGAAUGGCACCUGAUGCAGCAUCACCAAGAGCUUCUCCACUUUGGUGGGCUGAACUUGAGAUCCUUUCUACUUCAAGCUGAAGAGUGAGAACCAAAAUAAUACUCUACUCCAAAGUUCAACUAAUAUUUUUUCCUUCUUUACAGAAGAAGUUGUGCGUGCUGUGUAGAGUUAGAUAUAUACUUCUUACAUACUGCGUUAAAUGUUAUGGUUUUGUAUAUAACCAAGUUAAAAAAAAAAAAAAAAGGUUGUGCAUUUGUUUUGUUCUGUUCCUUCAUUUGUAGAUGUUGAAUGCAAAAAUUGCCAAUUAUGAAUACAACUGUGAAACUUCUUUUCACUUG